AUGAAGAGGGGGCGGGGGCAGCGCCAGGAAGGUGCCGGGGGGAGCUCGGGAGGAAUUUUGGGGGAGCCUGGAAGUGAGAAAGGGGGAAACUGAGGCAGCGUCAGCAGAGGGAGGUGUCACCCCGUGUGUCCCCGCGUGUCCCCCUGCGUCCCUCCCCCUGUCUCCCCUGUGAUCCUCCCGGUGUCCGGUGUCCCCCCCGUGCCCGUGUCCCCCCGGUGUCCGCCCCGCGUGUCUCCUCUGUGUCCCCCGCGACUCCUCCUUGCCUCCCCUAUGUCCCUGCCGGUGUCCCCUCCCCGUGGCCACACGUGUCGUCCCCGUGUCGUCCCCCCCGUGUCCCCCCCGUGUCCGUGUCCCCCCCCGGCACGGGAAGCGGCUCCGGGCUCGCGGAAACGGCCCCUCCCCGCGCGCCUUCGGCCACGGAGCCGCUCGCGGGACCCGCGGGGAGCCCCGAGACGCCCCCCGGGAGCGCCUGGGACCCCCCGAGGUCCCCGCGGAGCCCCCCCAUGAAGCCCCCCGGGGCCGUGGGGACGCUGCUGCGCGCGCUCGGCCGCCGCGAUGGCCCCGACACGCCAAGGCCGUCCCCAGCCGCCCCCCACGCGUUCCGCGAGCGGAGCCUGCGCCGGGGGGCGCCCUGCGGGGGCUGCGGGACCCCCCUGGGACCCCACGGGCUCGUGUGCAGAGUUUGCAAAGUCGCCGCCCACAAGAGAUGUGAGAGCAAGGUGACGUCACCGUGCCAACCUCUGCCCCCGCCUGAGCUGAGGCGGAACACGGCCCCGGUGCGGCGCAGCGAGCGCGUGGUGAGACCCCCGGCACCCCAAAACCCCCAAACCCCCUCUCCCCCCAGCCCCGAGGCCCCCCCGUUCCCCCAGCUGGACCUGACCUUCGUCACCGAGCGGAUCCUGAGCGUGGCCGUCCCGGGGGGCGGCGAGGGGGGGCCCGGGGGGCACCUGCGGCACCUGGCCCGGCUACUGGGGGCGCGGCACGGCCCCAACUACACGGUGAGGCUGCGGGGCGGGGGGGCGGCUGGGGCAACUGCUGGGGCAACUGGGGCUACUGCUGGGGUUGCUGGGGCUACUGCUGGGGCUGCUGGGGCAACUGCUGGGGCAGGAGCUGGAGAAGCAGCAGCUGGGGCAACUGCUGGGGCAGCAACUGGGGCUAUUGGGGCGACAGCUAGAGCAAUAACGGGCAACAACUGGGGAAACAACUGGGGCAACAUCUGGGGCAGCAACUGGAGUAACAGCUGGGGUAACAUCUGGGGCACCCGGAGCGGGUCUGGGAGGGCUCUGGGGGAGCUGCUGGGAGCAAUGGGGGGAUCGAGGGGGGCUCUGGGAGGAGGAAUAAGGCACGAGGGCCCCGGGGGGGUGUCCUGGGGGGGGUUAAAGGGGCCGUGGGAGGGUCGGGGCUGUGGAGAAAUCCUGCGGGGUUUGGGGGAGUCUUGGGGGUCCCGGGAGGGGAACGCGGGGGCUUUGGGGGUACCUCACCCCCCCUUUAUCCCCCCCAGCCCUGAGCAGGCGCUGAACGCGCUGAGCAUGAGGAGGUUCUGCGAGGAGAAACUGGGGGGGGUCCUGCAGCCCUCCCAGCGCAGGUACACGGAGGAUUUCGGGGCUCUGCUCUCUGGGCGGCUCCGCCUGAACAGCUCCCCCCAGUUCCUGCACCACGUCCUGCUGCCCCCCCUGCCUGCCUACGACCCCCCCGACGGCUGCCGCCCCUUCCUCAAGAUUUACCAAUCGCUGCAGCUCGUCUACACCUCGGGGGUCUACCCCCCCGCCUCGCAGUCGCUCUGUGUCACCCUGGAACCGGCGCUGCUGCUCAAGGGGGACGUGAUGGUGCGCUGUUAUCACCGGCGGCGGGGGGGGCGCGAGGCGGUUUUUGGGGUUCAGUUCCACACGGGGACCCUGCGCGGGCCCCGCCUGAGGCUGCGCCGGGACGAGCUCGACCUGGCCUGGCAAGACCAGCGCUUCCCCCCCGACGCCACAGUGGAGUUCAUCUUCUCCUCAGGCCCCGAGAGGGUCGAAGGUGGGUUUUGGGGGGCCCAGAGCAGCGGGGAUACCCCCCCCCCGCCCCCCACGGCCGCCGAGCGCCGGGAGCUGGAGCAGCUGCUGGGGGGGUUCGGGGUGCGGGGGGGCCGCGAGAGCCCCGGCCCGGGGGAGGAGCCCCCCGACACCCCCGAACCGCUCGGGACCCCCACAGCCUAUGGGAGCCCCGAGCCGCUCGGGACCCCGGCGCCCUACGGGAAUCCCACGCCCUACAGGAGCCCGGUGUCCCACGGCGCCCCCCCAUUCCACGGGAGCCCCGUGUCCCACGAGGAACCCCCUCCCCACGGGGCGCCGCUGUCCUAUGGGACCCCAAUGUCCCAUAAGACCCCCCUCUCCCACGGGACCCCCCCAUUCCAUGGGACCCCCGCUCCCCACAGCCCCCCCACAUCCUGCAGGACCCUGACGCCCCACGGCUUCCCCCCAUCCUGUGGGGCCCCCAAACCCCAGGGGUCCCCCACACCCUACGACACCCCAAAGCCCUACGGGACCCUGGUGUCCCACGAGACCCUGACAUUCCAUGGCCCCCCGGCAUCCCAGGGGUCCCCAACUUCCUACGGGACCCCGGCGCCCCAUGGCCCCCCAGUAUCCCCCGGGACCCCAAUAUCCCUCGGGGUCCCAGCGCCCUACGGGACCCCGAUAUCCCACAGGACCCCAAUAUCGCGGGGGUCCCCGACAUUCCACGGGACCCCGCUGUCCCAGGACGCCCUGGUGCCCAACAGCAGCUCGGUGUCCCAGGGGACUUUAACAUUCCCGGGCUCGCUGCUGCCCUACAGCCCCCCAGCAUCCCAUGGGACCCCGACAUCCCUGGAGACCCCGACUCCCUAUGGCACCCCAACAUCCCAGGGGUCCCCGUCACCCUAUGGGACCCCAAAAUCCUAUGGGACCCCACCAUCUCAUGGAUCCCCAACGCCCCAGAGCCCCCCACCAGCCCAGAAGUCCCCCGUGUCCUACAGCCCCCUAAUGCCCCACGGGACCCCAAUAAUCCAUGAGACCCUGACACCCUAUGGGACCCCGACAUCCCAGGAGACCCCAGCCCCCCACAGCUCCCCGACAUCCUACAGCCCCCCAAAGCCCCACGGCACCCCAGCAUCCCCCGGGGUGCCGAUCUCCCACAUCACCCCGAUAUCCGAGGGGCUCCCAGCCCCCCACGGGACUCCGAUGUCCCACGGCCCCCCCGCAUCCCUCAGCCCCCCGGCACCCCACGGGAUCCCAGCGCCCGCCAGCCCCCCCGCCCCCCCACCGGCCCCCCCAGGGGACCCCCAGGAGCAGCUGGUCCGACACUUCCUGAUCGAGACGGGCCCGCGGGGGGUCAAAAUCCGGGGGUGCCCCGAGGAGCCUUACUUCGGGAGCCUCCCAGCGCUGGUGCUGCAGCACUCCAUCACCCCCAUCUCGCUGCCCUGCACCCUCCGCAUCCCCCACGCAGGUGGGCACCCCAAAGGCUGCGGGAACACCCCAAAACCCUGCGGACACCCCAAAACCCCCUCAGGGAUCACCCCAAAACUCCCUCAGGGACCCCCCCCUCCAACUGCAGAGCUGCAGGAGGAGCCCCCGGACCCCCCGGGACCCCCCAAUGUCAGCACGGCCGGAGCCCUCCUGCGGCAGGGGGCAGCCUGCUCCGUGCUGUUCCUGGGCUCGGUGGGCACCGAGGCCCUGACGGGGCCCCAGGCUGUGGCCAAGGCCGUGGGGACCCUCCUGGAGGGGGCCCCGAGUGCGGGGGGGUCCCCCCGGCCCCCUCCCAGCCCCGUGCACUUCAAGGUGUCGGUGCAGGGGAUCACCCUGACGGACCGGCAGCGCAAGUGGAUCUUCACAAAGUUCAGCCCCACGGGGAUGGCGGCUCCCUUCGCCACCGCCUUCAUCCCCUGGGCCCUGCGAGGGACAGGGGGUCAGCAGCAACCCGGCAGCACCCCAAAACGCGGGGCUGGGGACGCCACUCACGGCCUGGCAGCAGCUGGGGGGGUCUCCGGGGUGGGCACGGGCGUCGGGCAGGGCUGGGGGCCGGGCGGGCGCGGGGCGGGCACGGCGGGCACGGGACGGGCACGGUGGGCACGGGACGGGUACGGGACGGGCACGGGACGGGCACGGGGCGGGCACGGUGGGCACGGUGGGCAUGGGGCAGGUGAGGGGGGCACGGGGGGCACGGGGGGCACGGGGGGACCCCCAACCUCCCAAACCCCCCCAGACCUCCCAACCCCUCUAACCACCCCCAGGUGGGCGAACCCCGACGGGACCACGGCCAGGAUUUUCGGGUUCGUGGCGAAGCAGGCGGGGGCCCCGGGGGGGGGCAACGCGUGCCACGUGUUUGCGGAGCUGGACCCCGAGCAGCCGGCAGGGGCCAUCGUCACCUUCGUCACCAAAGUCCUGCUGGGGACGCGGCACUGAGAGACACCGGGGACCCCCCCUGCGCCCCAAAACCCAGCUGGGGACUCCCGAAGCCCCCCGAGGCAGGGGGGGCUCAGGGGCACCCUCAAAACCCAGCGGGACUCCCCCCCCUCUUCACCGAGGUCCUGCUGGGGACACGACACUGAGGGACCCCCAGAACCAUCUGGGGACCCCCAAAACCUCCUGGAGUCCCCCGUGCCAAGGGGGGGACAGGGGGACAUAUAACUGACCCCCCCCACCAUCAUCACCUUUAUGAACACCCCCAAACCCCCCCUAGAACCACCCCUGGACCCCCCAAACCCUCCCAGGCACCCCUGAUUCGAGGGAGCACAAGGGGACCCUCCCACCAUCUUCUGCACCAAAGUCCUACUGGGGAACCCCCAAACUCCCCCUGAGACCCCCCCCCAGACCCCUCAAAUACUCCCCAGACCCUCCAACUGCCCUUGAGGACCCCCCAAAACCUCCUACACCCCCUCCAACCACCCCCUCAAGUGAAGACGGGGAGGCUGGCAGAAAAGGGGGCACAGGGACACCCCCUGCAAUCUGGGGGGGGUCCUGGAGGAACCCCAAUAAAUCCACAUUUAUUUUGGUGUAA